CGCGUGAAUUACGCAGCGUCAAGCUUUUGCCUCCUUUCAGCGCGGGCCUCCUCUCCGUCCAGCCUCCAGCUCCCGCAGCGCCGGCAGCCUCCGAAGCGUCCCCUAGGCCCGUCUCUCCGAUCAUCGGCGGGAGAGAUGCCACGCGACCGCGACGAGCCGCCCGCCGUGCGCGUCUACACUGUCUGCGACGAGUCCAAGUACUUGGUCGUGCGCAACGUGCCGUCACUCGGAUGCGGCGACGACCUGGCCAAUCUCUUCGGGACGUACGGCCCGGUGGAGGAGUGCAAGCCCAUGGAUGCCGAGGAUUGUGAACCCUACACCGACGUCUUCUUCAUCAAGUUCUCACAGGUCAGCAACGCCAGGUUUGCAAAGAGGAAGCUCGAUGAGUCCGUAUUUCUUGGCAACAGGCUCCAGGUGACCUAUGCACCUCAUUUUGAGAGCCUUCUUGAUACCAAGGAGAAACUGGAAGUUAGGAGAAAAGAAGUCCUUGGCCGAAUAAAAUCGUCUGCUGGCAGACCUGAAGGGACUUCUCAGUAUUCUCUAGCUCAGGGAUCAUCUAGUGGAAACCACCAUCAGAUGAAUUUCAAUAAGAGGGAAUAUUUGAAGACAAAUCAUGCAUCUCAUAUUGAAGAUCCUCGUUUCAGUCAUGUGCCCUCUAACAAGGAUUAUUUUCCAUCUGAGUCAAUGAACGCAACUGUAAAGCUAGUCAGAGAGAAGCUUGAUAAGAUACAAUCUGGUGAUGAUAACUCCAAUGCUGCAGCUGCAUCCAAGAAACCAAGGGUAGAUAACCGCAGGCGAAUUUGAUAUAACUGGAAACUGCAGAACACCCAUUGAAAGUUUUGGCUUAUUUGUUACUCUUUAUGUUUGUCCAUUUUAUAUCUCAUUUACUAUUAGGCUGUUAGCUAUGUACUUACAGGAGUGUUGUAUUAGUAUAUGGUUAGUGUAACAGUGGGGUCAUUAACUCAGUUAUAAUGGUUCCAUUUUGUUUCUACAGCUGUAAGUUGGAACGGUCCUGUGCUGAUUGAACGUGCAGCUUACCAUUGGUUAAUUUGUUAGACUUAAAUGAUAGCUAAGUUGGACAAGAAAUUGAUAUGGUUAUUAUUUGCUUGUGA